UGGUGAGGAUGAUGAGGAUGUGACGUCACGGCGACUUGGUGGUGGUGAGGAUGUGACGUCAUGGCGACUCGGUGCCAUGUAGAGUCGCUCGCUGUUGUUGCUGCUGCCCGGUGGUUGUUGUUGUUGACUUUCCUGGCUCCCAUCGUGACGUCGCUGGAGCGCUCCCUUCGUUGCUGGCUGCGGCAGCCGCGGCCGGUAGCGAGGACGAAGAGAGCGAGACAGAGACACAGCAGAGAGCGAGACAGAGAGACACGCAGAGAGCGAGACAGAGAGACACGCAGAGGGAGCGUGCGGGCAUGGACGCGGCGGAGACUGUGCACGGAGCCAUCAGGCUGUUUGCGUCGAUUCUCCUGCCGCUGGCGCUUGCCCUGGUCGUGCUGAUGCUGGCGCUCGUCACGCUGCUCUUCCUCGUGCGCCAGUGGAUGGUGUCGAGCCGAGGCGACGCGCCCCUGGUGGUGGCCUUCUUCCACCCGUACUGCAACGCCGGCGGUGGUGGCGAGCGGGUGCUGUGGUGCGCCCUGAGGACCCUGCAGAGCAGGUACAGGGACGCGGUGUUUGUCGUGUACACGGGCGACACGGGAGUCACCGGAGCCCAGAUCAUCGAGGGAGCACGCCAGCGCUUUAACAUCACCCUUCCCCGUCCCGUCGACUUCGUAUUCCUGCGCUGCCGGUACCUGGUGGAGGCCGAGCGAUAUCCGCACUUCACCCUCCUGGGCCAGAGCCUGGGCUCCAUCGUGCUGGGAUGGGAGGCGCUCUGCCGACGCGUGCCGCACGUCCUCAUCGAUUCGAUGGGCUACGCGUUCGUGAUGCCCCUCUUCCGCUUCCUGGGCGGCUGCCGCGUGGGCUGCUACGUCCACUACCCCACGAUCAGCGUGGACAUGCUGAACGUCGUACGGGACCGCUCCGCGCGCUUCAACAACGCCGGGCGCAUCUCGCGCAGCCCCCUGCUGAGCCGCACAAAAGUGGUCUACUACCGGCUGUUCGCGUGGCUGUACGGCCUGGUGGGCUCGAGCGCCCGCUGCGUGAUGGUCAACUCCUCGUGGACGCUGGGUCACGUGCUGGCGCUGUGGCGCUGCGGCGACCGCACCGCCGUCGUGUACCCUCCGUGCGACGUCGACGCCUUCCUGGAGCUGCCGCUGGAGCGACAGGAGGACGGCGGCGGUGGCGACGGGCCGACGAUUGUGUCCGUGGCGCAGUUCCGGCCGGAGAAGGAUCACGCCCUGCAGAUCCGCGCCUUCCACCGGCUGCAGGAGCUGUUGGCGCCCGCGGAGCGAGCGCGCGUGAAGCUGGUGCUGGUGGGUGGCUGUCGGGAUCGGGAGGACCAGAAGAGGGUGGAUGGCUUGCGAGCCCUGGCCGCCUCUCUGGGCCUGGAUCUCCGCGUGGAAUUCCACAUCGGGGUUUCCUUCUCCGAGCUCAAAGCGCUGUUGGGCCGAGCCACCAUCGGUCUCCACACCAUGUGGAACGAGCACUUCGGAAUAGGUGUGGUGGAGUGCAUGGCCGCCGGCGCGGUCGUGCUCGCGCACGACUCGGGCGGCCCCAAGCUGGACAUCGUCGUGCCCGCCGAGGGAGCGGCGACCGGCUACCUGGCCGCCGGUGAGGAGGCCUACGCCGAGGCCAUGGCCGCCAUCCUGGCGCUGCCGCCGGCCGAGCGCGGGCAGCUGCGCGAGCGGGCCAGGCGCUCCGUCUCCAGGUUCUCCGACGCCGAGUUCGAGCGCUCGUUUGCCGGCGCCACGGAGGCGCUGCUUGCCGGCGCGUGCGUGUGUGCGUGUCGUGUCGAACGUCUUUCGAGCCGUACGUAGCCAGCGGCGCUCGUCGGAUGCACGGCGGGCGGGCGGGCGGGCGGGCGGGCGGACGGGGUGGGGUGGGGGAAGGACAACGAAAAGGGCCCCCGUGUGGCCGUUGAGGCGCGGCCGUUUGCCCGCGCGUAACUCGGCGUCGUCAGAUUCGUCGUCAUCGCAGCGCAGCAGCGUGAAGCUCAGCGAUCCGCGUUUGUUUUUUUUGGGUUGGGCACCACUGGAGUAGCGGAGAUCCAAAGUUAUUUUUAUUAUCCCUCCUCCACCCCAACCCGGCAACGAUUUUUCACGUUUACAACGGUGUCGUUAGCACGUGGCGUUUCGUCGUUCAAGUUAUGACCGAUAAAGCUCCUCGCGAGCGGCGUAUCCAGGGCAAGUCGUGACGAUCUCGUGCGAUGUUCGAGGAUUGAUCACGAGAAUUUCAACAAAUCUACCGUGCGGCCGAACCCGAAUGCAGGGGACGGAUCCUUGUAUUGGCUACGAAAACCAACGUUUUGUGAUGUUUACUGUACAGAGCCCCAGUGUCCCUAAAGUUCAUCCACAUUCUGCUCGACUCUUUUGGAGUUUUGAUUUAAAGCUUUCGUUACUGCAGGGAUUCAUAUUCUUGGUUCUUUCGGUAAAGUCACGUAGAAGGGAAACAGUAAAAUAAUAAAAAUUUUAAACAAUAAAAUUCUCACGACGUUUCGA